AACCUAAGGCUUACAUUUAAUAUGGAGAUUUAAAAGGAACAAAUCUGGACACAAUUUUAUACUUUAUGAGUACGCUUUAAUGCUCUUUAACUGGGAUGUGACGUACGCAUCCUAGAAGAUUCUGUUCGGGGUGGGCGGGGUUUCCUGAUCAUGUACGUCACAGAGGAGGGUGAGUUACCUCAGUAGCCCCGGAGCUUGUGGCUAACCACCUGGAAAGGGUUAACAAAUGAAGGUAACCUGCUGAACCCUGUUGUUGCCGUGAUGUUAACCCGGCUCUUCAGGCUGCAUGGCCUUUUUGUGGCUUCUCACCCAUUGGAGGUGAUCGUGGGAACUAUCGCCAUCACAAUAUGUCUCAUGUCUAUGAAUGCCAUCGCUGGAGGUGACCAGAUCUGUAAAUGGAACUACCGGUGUCCUAAAGUGCAAGAGAAAAUCCCGAGCAGUGACCUCAUCAUCCUGACCAUCACCAGGUGUAUCGCCAUCGUGUACAUCUACGUUCAGUUCAGAAACCUGAGGCAGCUUGGCUCCAAGUACAUGCUUGGCAUUGCUGGUCUUUUCACUGUGUUCUCCAGUCUUGUCUUCAGCACUGUGGUUAUAUACUUUGUUGGCAAGGAGCUCACCGGCCUCAAUGAAGCACUGCCAUUCUUCCUGUUGUUGAUCGACCUGUCUAAAGCCUGCACUUUGGCCAAGUUCGCACUGAGCUCAAACUCCCAGGAGGAGGUGCGGGAGAACAUCGCUAAGGGCAUGGCCAUCCUGGGCCCAGCCUUCACCCUGGAUGCUCUCGUGGAGUGUCUGGUGAUUGGAGUAGGAACCAUGUCUGGUGUGCGACAGCUGGAGCUCAUGUGCUGUUUUGGCUGCAUAUCUGUCCUGGCCAACUACUUUGUCUUCAUGACGUUCUUCCCUGCCUGUGUCUCACUGGUCCUGGAGCUGUCAAGAGAGAUCCGAGAGGGCCGUCCAAUCUGGCAGCUGAGUCACUUUGCAUGUGUGCUGGAGGAGGAAGACACCAAAUCCAACCCGGUCACUCAACGUGUCAAAAUGAUAAUGUCUCUAGUUCUGGCACUAGUGCAUGCCCACACACGGCUGCUGGCCGACUCUCCGACCCAGAAUUCCACCGGCUCAGCUGUGGACCUGCACGGCCCCCGAAUGGACUCGGAUGCGGUCAUAAGCAGUGUGGACUUGGAGCAGGUCAUCACUUUGUCUCUGGCCCUGCUGCUGGCAGUGAAGUACGUCUUCUUUGAGCAGGCAGAGACAGAGUCCUCUUUGUCAAUCAAAAACCCCUUGACUGGCUCCCCAAUCCCCCUGGCCAAUAGGAGCAUGGGAGAGAGCUGUUGUAUGAGGGACUUGGUCCCGCCCAAAGUUCUGCAGCGUGUAACCACUGACCCACUCCCGGCUCCUGUGCUCAGUACACAGGAGAGAGAUGAUGUGCGUCCAUCUCUGGUCACGUCUGGGGAGUGUUCAUGUUCUCUGGUCCAGAGAGAGACUGCAGAGGAACAGUCAGAGGAGGGCGAGCUCCCUAACUCUGCGCCGACUCAACAUCGCCCCCUACAGGAGUGUCUGAGCAUACUCAGAAACCCAGAGCAAGGUCCACGUUGCCUUAGCGAUGCUGAGGUGAUGGCAUUGGUGGAGAACAGGAGCAUUGUAGCCUAUCGUCUGGAGGCAGUGUUGGAGACUCCUCAGAGGGGUGUGGCCAUACGGAGAGAGAUGCUUGCGAAUAAGUUGCCCCACCCGUUAGCCCUGGAGAAGCUGCCCUACAGACACUAUGACUACUUUAAGGUAAUGGGCACCAACUGUGAAAAUGUGAUUGGCUAUGUGCCGGUACCGGUGGGAGUGGCUGGACCCCUGCUGUUGGACGGCAAAGAGUUCUAUAUCCCCAUGGCAACCACAGAGGGCUGUUUAGUAGCCAGCACCAACCGAGGCUGCAGGGCCAUUACAUUGUCAGGCGGGGCGAGCGGCCGUGUUUUGGCAGAUGGGAUGACCCGGGGUCCUGUUGUGCAGCUGCCCUCAGCCUGCAGGGCAGCAGAGGUCAAAUCCUGGCUUGAGAGCUCUGAUGGCUUCAGCAUUGUCAAACAGGCCUUUGACCACACCAGCAGAUUUGCUCGGCUGGAGCGGCUACAGAUCAGUCUGGCUGGCAGGAACCUCUACAUCCGCUUUCAGUCUCAGACUGGAGAUGCCAUGGGCAUGAACAUGCUAUCAAAGGGCACGGAACAGGCACUGUGCAGACUCCAGGAGCAGUUUCCUGAGCUGCGGGUCUUGGCUCUCAGCGGUAACUAUUGCACUGAUAAAAAACCUGCAGCCAUCAACUGGAUCCACGGCAGGGGAAAGUCCAUCGUGUGUGAGGCCACCAUCCCCGGUAAAGUGGUCCGGGAGGUAUUAAAGACGAGUACUGCAGCCCUGGUGGAGUUGAACAUCAGUAAGAACCUGGUGGGCUCUGCCAUGGCUGGCAGUAUAGGUGGCUUCAACGCUCAGGCAGCUAACAUAGUAGCAGCGGUCUACAUCGCAUGUGGACAGGACCCAGGACAGACAGUAGGCAGCAGUAACUGUAUCACACUGAUGGAGGCAGUGGGAUCAGAGGGGGAAGAUCUCUGUAUCUCCUGCACCAUGCCUUCUAUAGAGCUGGGCACUGUGGGCGGAGGCACAAACCUGCCCCCACAGCAAGCCUGUUUACAGAUGCUGGGUGUGCAGGGAUCUAGUUCCGACAGUCCUGGUGAAAACGCCCGCACGAUGGCACAGGUGGUAUGUGCUGCAGUGUUGGCGGGAGAGCUCUCUCUCAUGGCUGCCCUUGCGGCUGGGCACCUCGUCAAGAGUCACAUGAUUCUCAAUAGGUCAAAAGUCAACCUUUCAGAAAUGUCAGAAUCACCACCACCAGAGCCCUCCUGAGCCCACCAGUGCUGUAUGCCCCAAGAAAUAAAUUUCAGUGUUCCACUGAUUUCUGGGAAAUAGAGUUUGAUAGCUAGCUACUCUUUUACGGCUGUCAAAAUUCAAUCUCAGGUCAAAAUGCUGCCGUUUAAGGUUGGCAAGUAAUGACUACAGGAACUCUGAAAAUAAAAGCCAAUGUGUUAAGUUCGGAAGGAGUUUGCCCUGCUGAGGUAGUGGAGGAUGUCUGAAUCGUUGGUGUAAUCUGGACUUUGAGAAACAAACACUGUUAUUUAUUCUGGUGUCAAGGGACAGUUAAACACACAAUCCAUGUUUUUUAUUUCACAGGAAACUAAUGGAAAAAGUCCAGUCCCAAAUUACUGCCUGCACCUAAUGACUUAAGCCAACUUGUACUAGCGAUGCUUCACCGAAAUCGAUUAACUUUGUUAUCGUGGUCCAUGGAACAGUGACUGUUCCUUCAAACAUUGUGAUUUUUGACUGAAAAGUUUCAAACAAGGGUUGCAAAAUGGACGUGGAUAUUGGGGGGGGGCAGCAGUGAGUGGGUGCAGUUCAUUGGAAUGUUAUGAAGUACACAGUGUGAGUGAUGUUGAACAUUACUACACUAACCCCAGUUCUCAGGGACUCCCAGCUCUCGGGACACACGUUGUUCAAUGUUAAGUGCUUGAUUCAGGCGGCAGGUAUGCUAGGAGCCAGAUGGAGUAAAAAUCAGAAGUUCCUUGUUCUACAUCUACCACCACGCUUACCAGCAUGUGGCUCAUCAGUGUGAAGUUUAAGUACAAUAACAGACUCGGCUUGAGGGAACCCAGCUAACACUACGCUUUUUGUUCACCUUACACAUAAGCACAAGAAACAAGCUUUAAAUGAGUGCUUGAAACUAUAAUGUAUAUUACAUGGUGAUUGUAUGGGCUUAGCUGCUCAGGUGCGUUUGCAUGCAUGAUAUUGCAUGUGCAUGGAAAGUUUGCCAAUCCAGUAUAUAUUUUUUCCCCCAAUCCUAAAGUUGUCUGUUCACACAUGACGUAUAAGAAGCCCCUUCAUGAGGUCAAAUUAGUGGGGUAGUAAAAGCAUUAUUGGCAAAAAAAAAAAACAGCAGUUGUGCACAGACCCUUAAACAAGGAACAGAAUGUGGUAGAAGUGGUCGAAUCUAGAGGCUUCAGUGCCAUUUCCCUUAUGUGCACACUUAUUUUUGUUUGCUUGGACAGUGGAGUGUGGGUGCUUCAUGGAUUAUACAUGGAUGACAUCAUGGUUUUGUGUAGAGGCUCGGACUCAAAUUGACAAGCUAACACCAGUGCUGUGCUUGGGGUUUUAAUAAAAGCAGACAUACAGCCAUGUGUGUUACUGUGCUCUUAGCAUUCUGACUUCUAAACUACUUGUUUGAGGAAUGUUUAAUAUUUUCUUAAUUGUCUUUUACUUUUGUUUUAUAUAAUGCAGAAAAUAUCAAAUUAUUUACUACACUUGUGCUAUAUGAUUUUGGUGCUAAUAAAAUGCGCUUAAAUAUUCUCUUGCUAAUGUCCUUCAAAAAGUUGCUAAAUUAUAUGAUUUACUGCUAAAGGCAUUAUUACAAUCUGAAUGAUUUUACACAAGAUGAAUGAGUGUGGUGGUAGUGCCUCCCUUUCAAUCAGUCAGUUCAGAUAGCUUUAGUGUGACUUAUUUACAGAAACUUUUUUUAUUCCAAUUACAUUCAGUGCAAAUGCAACAAAUGACAAACUACUAGUAUUAGAGGGAUUUCUGAUUCUGCUGCACACACACACAGACGUGCGCAAGUGUGCUCAAUCAUAACAGAAAAGUGCAAAACUCCACUCCUGAGAGGCUGUUUCCCAGGUCACACUACAAAAAUCCUCCAAUAAAAUGUUAAUUAGAUAAGUAGAAAAUUUUAGAUGGCAUUCCAGAACGGUUUUCCAAUUUUCCGCUCCACUUUAGAAUAAUUCUAACUUGGAAUUCAUUCUAAUUUUGCUUGUUUUGGGAAAGUCCUGGGUUCUCACUUCUGGUGUGACAUCAGGUCAUCCUUCCUAAAUCGGUACUGACCCUAGUUAAGGUGAAAGAAAACGAUGAGGGGACUGCCAUCUCUGGAAUGGAGUUGGGCAUUGCUGUGUAAUUCUUAACCUAAAGACACUCAAUACUUUUUUUCUACAUACAUCAUUAACAGUUCUCAGAUAAAGGCAAAGACCAAGGACUUGGGAUCUCAACAGCUUACAAACCUUGUGAUCAAACCAUAACUUGGGUGCCAUUGCUACUUACAUCAGUGUAAACUUAUAUUUUAUGAUUACAAUAAACUGUAAGAGGUACUGUAUAAACAACAAUAAAUAAUUCAAGGCAUUCUAAUCCAAACGUUAAUACCUACGAUCAAUUCCCGGUUUCAACCCCUGUAUCUCUAUUGGAUAAAAAAAAUAAUUCGAUUGGCUUUCUAUUUAUCCAACAAGCACUUCUGAUUUAGGAGACAGUGUUUUUGUCCUUGCUGAUUGCAAAAUCACAAUGUUUGAAUAAAACGUUUUCAGAAAUGAACGACUAAACGCAGGAUCUCCCCAACAGUGAAAAUACUGAAAGGCGGGACCUUUCUAGAGUCCUCCCUCGUGCUCAGAGAUCAUGGGUGUGGAAGGCGCCCCGCAUCAAGAAGACGUCACAUGUUUUCUCACAUGUAAUCUUCACCGAGGCACUUCACUAGUGAUUAAAACAGACAACAGACACCCUGCAUCGCUCUUCAAAAACACCUCCCUCCACACCACAAGCUUACCAAGUAUGUAUUUUCUCACACACACACACACACACACACACACACACACAGAGACACAGACACAAUCACUGCCCCCUCUCUAAGGCAUGUAGAGUUAGAUGAGUCACACAAAAGCAGUGGCUGACAACUUCAAGACCUGAAGCAAUAAUUAUGAAAUUAUAUACAAAUAAGCAAGAUGAAGCGUUUGACUGCCCUGUUUAAAAAUCCCAUUUCUGUCCACUACUCAUCCUCAAUUGUGCUCCAGUAUGCCAGCCACUGACGUACAAAUACAACUGAAGAACACAACAAUUUAGAUUUCUGGAGAGAAAAAAAUUAACAACUGCAAUAAACAAA